ACAGGAGACUCCGUGGGUGACGCUCAGGUGGGUCACGAGCAGCGUCUUCCCAGCAGUGGAGAUUCACUGGCCUCGUCCUUUCACCUGUCAGCAGUCCUCCGUAGAGGAGGAGUCUGCUCCUCAGAGCCAGUCCCGAAGCCUGACUUGGGGGUAGCGAGGAGUGAAGCCACAGAUCAUGUGCCUUCCUCGCAGGUUCUGGCUGCGGCCCAACUUCCCCUUAGCGUCUCUUCUCCCUCACCGGGCUUCAGCCCCCAGAUCUCUGCCUUCCUCCUCCCAGCCAGCACUCAGCCCCAGGGAUGGCUCUGCAGGACGUAUGCAAGUGGCAGGCCCCCGACACCCAGGGGCUAUCGCCUCACCUGCCUCCAGCCGGUGGCUGGUCCGUGCCCCUGGGCUGUGACCCUCAAACCUUCCUGCGGCUGCACGGCCCCAGGCUGGCCCACGGCACUACCACGUUGGCCUUCCGCUUCCGGCACGGAGUCAUCGCCGCCGCUGACACGCGUUCCUCCUGCGGCAACUACGUGGCGUGUCCGGCCUCACGAAAGAUCAUCCCCGUGCACCAGCACCUCCUGGGCACCACCUCCGGCACCUCGGCCGACUGCGCCGCCUGGUACCGCGUGCUGCGGCGGGAGCUGCGGCUGCGGGCGCUGAGGGAGGGCCGGCUGCCCAGCGUGGCCGGCGCCGCCAGGCUCCUGUCCGCCAUGAUGUCUUGCUACCGGGGCCUGGAUCUGUGCGUGGCCACGGCCCUGUGCGGCUGGGACCGCUCUGGGCCUGCGCUCUUCUACGUGUGCAGCGACGGCACCCGCCUGCCGGGGAACGUCUUCUCGGUGGGCUCUGGGUCUCCGUACGCCUACGGCGUGCUGGACCGCGGCUACCGCUACGACCUGAGCCCCCAGGAGGCCUACGCCCUGGCCCGGCGCGCCGUGGCCCACGCCACCCACCGCGACGCCUACUCCGGGGGUUCCGUAGACCUUUUCCACGUGCGGGAGGACGGAUGGGAGUAUGUGUCACGCGACGACGCCUGCGUGCUCUACUCGGAACUGCAGAAGCUUCCGGAGCCGGAGGGGGCGGCGGCGGAGGAGGGCCACGCUGAGCCUGCCACCCUGCGCGGAGACUCCAGGAUGCCCGCGGGGACUGAGAUGCUGUGAGAAGCCGCGACCUGGGGCUGGGGGCUGGGCACCAGGGGAGCCGCCUCACAGCAUCUGGCCCCGGCUGUCCCCAGCCGCGUCCCGAGUCCCCAUCCCUUCCUGCCUCCCAGCGCUGCCGACGGCUUGGGCCAGCGUGUUCCUCCGGGUGCCCAGCCUCCUUCCCACCACCACGUUCCCCCCUCAGCGGACCCUCCCCACGGGCCGCGGCCCACCACACACGUGGGGCUCGCCGCGAGGCCCUCCUCACCACCUUCUGUGCUUCCCAUUCCCAUUCCCAUUCCCAUUCCGGUGCUCACCUAUGCUUGUCUUUGUCACUUUGUCGCUUUGGUCAGGGUAGUUGGGAGUGGAAGAAGGUGGGGCGGGUGCCCA